AUGUCAUAUGACAGGUACGUGGCCAUCUGCAAACCUCUGCAAUAUCCCGUGCUCAUGAGGAGAAGCGUCUGUCAUAUGAUGUCAGUGGGGACCUGGUUUUGGUCUACUGUACAGGCACUGACCUGCUCCCUUUAUGUCUUGCCCCUUCCCUACUGCAAGUCCAAUGUGAUUAACCAUUACAUGUGUGAUUAUCCAGCCCUUAUUCAACUGUCUUGCUCAGAUAAUUCUGCUUUUGAAAGAACAAUCCAUGUUGGAAAUUUCCUGGUACUUCUCAUUCCCAUCUCAAUCAUCCUCAGUUCCUACAUUGCUAUCCUUCUCCAAGUCCUGAGGAUACGAUCUUCUGAAAGGAGCCACAAGGCGUUGGCAACCUGUUUCUCUCAUCUCUGCGUGGUGGGGUUCUUCUAUGGAGCAGCCAUUCUGACCUACAUGACAUCAAUAUCCUCUUAUUCUGUUGAAAGGUCCGUGGUUAAUACAGUGUUUACGACCAUCGUCCCCGCCACAAUGAAUCCUUUCAUAUACAGCUUGAGGAACCAAGAUGUCUUGGCAGCACUCAAGAAAUUAUUUGGAAAAUACAAACAGUGUAAAUGA